AUGAGUAUGACAUCACCAGAUCAAACAAAUAAUGAUCAUUUAACAACAUCGAAUGAUACUAUUCUAUGUGAAGAUGAUUUAACUGAGCAAGCCAAAAUUCAUUUUACUUAUCACAGUGAUAUAUUUCGAACGUUUGAAUCAUAUCGUCAAAGUAUACUUUGUAACGAACAUAUAACACCUGUUGGUCGAUUUCUUUUGCUAGCCGAACUUCAGAAUUUACACACAAGUUGUAAACGUGUUUUAAAUUAUGCAAUCGAACACAAUAAAUUUGUCAAUCAAAAUUUACCUACUAUUGGUCCUUUGGUAAUUUGUGGUCCCGCACGUACAGGUACAACAUUACUCUACAAUUUACUUGCUUGUGAUCCGCAAUGCCGCGCACCAUUUUACACUGAUAUGUACAUUGAUGUUGUUCCACCUAUAGCGCGAUCCGAUUCAAUUAGACAAAAACAACGAAUGGAUAUGCUUAAUUCUCAAAUGAACAAUGAACAAUUAUCCAAGCUAUUCAGUAGCAUGGCUGCAUCUCAUCCACAGUUUCCAAUUGAAGAAGAUUAUCAUAUUAUACGUCAAGCUGGCUAUUUUCCAAUGUUCACCAUUAUAUCUGAUAAUGAAGAUCAAAAUGCUGAAAAUUGGAUUCGUAAUGAAAUAAGCAAAAAUUAUGUAUAUGAUUAUCAUGAAAUAUUUUUGCGUAUGUUAAAUAGUGUUGAUAUGCCAAAAUCUCAUUGGUUAUUAAAAUCACCGUUACAUAUUUUUUGUCUUGAUAAAUUUUUUCAAAAUCAUCCAAAUACAUUAUUAAUUAUGACUCAUCGAAAUCUCGAUGAAGUUCUUCCUUCAAUGUGUAGGUUGUCUUUGGCAACCUCAGAAUUGCUUUUUGACAACACAAACUCGAUCUCUCGAGAUAGAAUAAUAAAACGAACCUGUCAAUUCUUCGAUGCAGAAAUCGAAUAUAUAAUGAAAUUUCGGAAUUUACAAAAUGAUGCCUUUAAGCAAAUGCAAAAAAAUAUUUUUGAUGUUUCUUAUGACAAUUUAAUGAAAGAUCCAAUUGGUGUUGUUCAACAAAUCUAUAAACAUUUCAAUCUUCAUUGGUCAGAAGAAAUGAAAAUGGCUAUACAAAAUUGGCUUCUCGAAAAUCCUCAAGGAAAACACGGUCGACAUAAAUAUUCUCUUGCUGAUUUCGGCCUCAAUCGAGAAGAUAUCGAAACACGUUAUGCUGAUUAUAACAAGUUGUUUCUUUGCUCAACAAAUUCGACUAAUCAAUCUUAA